CUAUUUAAAUGUUUUUUUUUCUCUCUUUGUGAAUACCAUUAGGUUACAGCAUGGAAAGAAUUGGUUCAUGGUAUGUUUGGCAUUGUGUGUGUUGGGUUUAAUCCUUAUCCUGAUCAUCAAUGAUACAAGUAUUAACAUCAUGCAGAGGACUGUCAGUGCGCAUAGUAGAAACAUUGGCAGAUACUCCAAGGAUAAGAUCCUACCCAUCUUAUCAAACAUGUUACGAGGCACAAAGACGGAGGCAGAGCUUGGAGACAUGGAGAGAACCUCAGUCAAUGGGUCAUUCUUCAGGUCAAACUUAGAUGAUAUCCAAGACCAAGAUUACAGCCAAGCUCCAGAGUUACCCAUUGCUAAAAUGCUCAUUGAAGAGAAAAAAUAUCGCCAUGACGACCAGUUUGAAAAGUACAUUAAAUGUCCUACCUCAGUGCGGAAGAAGAUGUUGGAUAAUCCUAAGAUUCGAUCCAAGUUUAUUCCUGAUAUACCAAUCCUCAUGUGGGAUAAACACUUUAAUGCCAGCGAGUACAGAAGACUUACUCAAUAUAAGGGAAUCAAUGGAUGGAGAAAUAUGAAUUAUACUGAUGUUCGUAGCAUGGUUGGACAGCUCAAUUCUCCCAACAAUCAGUACAUGUUUGAUGACAGGUUACGGAAGGUCAAAGGUCAAUCAAGAGAUUGCACAACAUGUGCUAUCAUUGGCAAUGGAGGUAUUCUCAAGGGUUCGGGGAAAGGAGCAGAAAUAGAUGCUCAUGAUUAUGUAUUCAGAGUAAAUGCAGCAGUGACAAAAGGGUUUGAGAAUGAUGUAGGUAAGAAGACAUCCUUUUAUUGUUUUACCAUGGUCACACUCCACAACACAUUGGCACUGAGACACAGGACUGGAUUUGAAAUACCAAAAGGAGAUGAGAAUCUUCGUUACCUAUUCUUUGCUGAUUCUGACUGGACUUACACCUUUCUAUCUGCUGCAUUGUCUGGAAAACCUUUACCUAAAAGCACAGGCAAAUACCAUAGAGGUCCUCCUGCCUUUCCUAAGCCAUUGACUGCUGAUAAUAUCAAAGUUCUGCAUCCAGAUUUUGAGAGAUAUAUUAAAUUAAAUUGGGUAAAUUCAACAGCGCAACAUAAAGACGUCCAUCGCCCCACUACAGGUGCAAUCAUGCUAUUAGCAGCCUUACAUACGUGUGAUCAGGUAUCUAUAUAUGGAUUUGCAGGGAGCUAUUCUGCCUUCAGUGAACAUUACUAUGAUAAGACUUAUUCAAAGCAUGUCAAUUUUGCAAAUCAUGACAACAACGCAGAAAAUAAGCUUUGGCAGUUCUUAGAUGAGCAAGGAAUUGUCAAUCUGUACCGGAGGACUGCUGAAGAAGGCUAGUGUAAUGGAAUACAGCUUGCUAUGGUGAGAGGAAUAGAGAGAAUUGUUUUAAACAGGGAAAUCCAAUCGAAGUAGAAGAUAAUCACAGAGGCAGAUUGGUGGAAGUUUGAAUGAAUGAAUGAAUGAUAAGAAAGAUAUGAAUUUUAUGAAGUCGUGAUCACUCUACCUAUGGGGUUUUGAAAUGGCCGACUAUGUAUUUUAUUACUAUUGUGUAAUGUCAUAAUGGUGUAACUAUUCAAUUUACUCCAAUACACAGAAUAACUAAAAUGCCAUUUUUGUAUAAAAUUUUACUCAUAAUGAUAUUUUGCUCAAUGAGGACCAAUAGUGUGUUGCACUGAGGGAAAGGAACAGAGCCAUAAUAAUAGAAAAAAACUACACAAUGGGAGAAUACUAUGGUCAUAUCCUGUCACAACAUACUGACUAUAAUGACACUUUGAAUUUAAAGAGUCAUAAUAGUGAUUUCAUUGAUCAAGUAUCCAUAACAUUCUUAUCACUUGUCCAAUGUCAUUCAAACUCACAGCAUUCUGUUUUUUCCUUUUUCUGUUUCCACACAAGUCACAUUGAUACCAAUGUUGGAUACCCUUUAGCUAAGCCUUCAUGUUAUGUGAUGUUAGCACUUUGAUCAGAGUGAUCAAGUUUCAGUGAUGCCUUGAAUGUAUAGUGCUUCUUCGGAUGUUUUCAUCCCCUGUCAAAGUGUUCCAACAGCUUCAUAGUGUCCCAACAUGGUUUCCUAGAAUUCCUAGAGAUAUUUAACUGCAAUUUGAUGUAUGCAGAGGGCCACUGUAGUUGCAUCAAGACCGUACCAACACAAUAGAGGGGAUCAUUCUUCAUCUGUUUUCACCUGUAGAAGAGAGUCCCAACUUGCUCAUCAAAGGCUGUGUUGAUGUUUACUUUUUGAAAGCAGUAUGGGCAUUCUGAAAUUCACAUCAUAAACACUUUUUGAAAUUAUUGUUCAUGGUGUAUUACUAGCUCAUCUUGGAGAGAAGCAAAUUUCAUAAACGUACAGCAUAUUAACUUCUUUUCAGUGCAAAUAUGGUUUGUAUUUAGACAAUCACAGAAUUACUAUAUCAAUGUAGAUUUUAACUCUUGUGUUUUAACCAUGUAUACAGUACACUUAUCUAAAAAGUCAAUAGAUUAAAAAAAUGACUACUGUCAAUGAUAAGAAUAAAAGUGAUAACAAUCAUGAUUAUGAAUGUAAUAUAAUUGUUCGGCAUUGAAGUAUUCUAUGUGUCACCAAAGUCUGCAAUAGGGGAUAAUGUUGUGCCAAUCAUAUGAAUAAUGAAUGUAUGCUAGUAAAUAUCUAGUUGUAUGACAUUACAAUAUGCUAUAAACUUGUCGCUAGAAAUUGAAAUAGGGAAUGUUAUUAUUGGUUAAUUAAUUUUUUUUCACCCACCGGAGUAAAGGCAAGAUUAAGGCAUCAAAGUGUCAUAUGCCAUCUGUCAUAAAUGUAUUCCUGCAAGAUUCUCCUGUGACAUAAUACAGCUGAUGCUUUGUUAUUAGUGAUGAUUAAUGUUCAUGGAAUCCUCUUUAUGGUCAUAAUUUGAAUUGGGAAAUGAAUUAGUAUGGUAUUUUUUCCCCUCUUAUUGGACACCUAUUUUUUGUGAGUUUAGAUGUAUCACAACUUUCUGUCUUAGAUAAUGCUGCAAAUCUGUUUUAAUUGUAAAAAUUAAGAAUCUUAAAUUGAUGUGUACUUAAAGAUUAAUAUUGCCAAAUCUAUGUGAAAUGUUUGGAGGAGAAAUCUAUCACUUAUAUGUAUGUACUGGUUGUCUUUCACUGAUCAUUCCAUGUGCUUUUACAUUUAAGAUGUAAGAUAUGAUGUUUUAAUUAAGAUUUUCAAUGCUGUCUGCCAGUGUUCUUGUGUAACAUGUUGUCUCCUUUGUAUGUCGUAUAUUUUGUUGUCAUUUGUUUGUUGCGUGUUUAUUAAUUGGUCAUAAAUUUGUCUCUGUUUUAUUGAUUGAUCAUGAAUGCAUCUGUUUUAUGCUCAUUGAUGUUUGUUUACAUAAGUAGUAAAACCAAUUUCCUGUGGGAGAAUGAUUUGAUGCUUAUAGCAAAGACUUUCAAGAAGUUUAUAUUUGAUACCCAGUUAUAUUAUAUGAUCAAUAUUUGACAUCACCAGUGCCUAAUAGUUGGAUGCAAAAUGAAAUUCACUCAUUGCAUCACCAUGGUUCACUUCCUGGAUCCCGUUUCAUAAAGACCUCUUAUGAUAACAAAUGCACAAUUUCUAAAACAAAUUAGCCAAUCAGAAUGAAGGAUUUCGUGCAACUUUGUUAUUACAACAAGUUUCAUUAAACGUUGCCCUGGAGGUGUUUCAUGUAUUGUAAUUGAAAUCGAAAUUGUUAAGAAAAUUUCUUCACAGCCAAGCAUGCAUGACUUCAAAUAAUGUCAUUGCCAAAGCUGUUCAUACAUUACAGCUAAUAGCUGGAAUAUGGAAACCUAACCCGGUUGCUCAAUAGUUUGUAAUCACAUUAGUUGAAGUUUCAAUAGAUGUUGAUUUAAUGUGUUGAAGUAACUUCCUAAGCAUUUAUACAAAUUACUUGUGGGAAUUAUGUAGUUUUCCAUAAAUCAAAUGACAUUGUUUGAAGUAAAGUCAUGCUUUUUAUAACAAUUGAGAACUGAAUAUGUUAGCUUAACUUGUUAGCACCUUAUACUCUAGUUAUUCACAAAGUCAUCAAUAACUUUUUAUGAAAAUUAUGAAGUUGCUCCCUGGUAUGAUAAUUAGGGCUAUGUAGGUAGACUACUUCUAGAACAGAUACCCCCUCCCCACCCCUAUUCCUUUCGAUAGGGAAGCAUGUUUGUAAAAAAAAAGACUGUGAAUUCAUAUCCCACAUUGUAUAAACACGUUCAUGUUCUUACAUUUUACUAAGUGUCGUUACUUUAAGAGAAGAUUACAAGAAUUUCCAAGUUAUCUUUUUGACAUGUCCCUUUUUGAGAGGCCUAUUUAUAAUUUAUAAUUACGACUUAUUGAGUCAUAAGUGAAAUUCCAAAUCAAUAUUAAGAUGCUAACAGAACAAGAUUGUCCCUUUUUUUUAAUUCCAAAAGAUUUUAAUCUACAAUGUAAAAUUGAAGAUUUAUUUUUCCUAAAUUCUUACAUAGAUAUAAAUAGCUGGGAUUCAAAAAUAUAAUCAAACUUCUUGAAAGCCUUUUGCAUAUGUAUGUAAACAUUAAAUCCAGGUUCCUAUGUCUUGUUCUCUUGUACAUUCCUAUUUAUCAUUUGUAUUGCGAUGAGAGCAUAUGCAUUGUUAUGUAGGUAUUUUAAAAUGAAAAUAUGUGUAUGUUCCUGUUUUUUAAUUCAAAUGCAUCAGUCUUUGUUGAAUAUGUGUUGCGCUCUCUCUCUCUCUCUGUACCAAUAAAUGUAAUAUUUAAACGAUUGGUUAUUUAAGACAAAGUAUGUCUUCUUUGAUAUCAUGUGUGAAAAAAAGCCACUGAAACUGUUUGGAAAGCCAAGUGAUCUCAUAUAUCUGCAAUGACCAUCAUGUUCAGCAUCAUAAACAAUUGUAUAUCCUUGCUUAGUAAUGAUCUGAAAUAUGAUUGGUCAGUUAUGGAAUGUACAACCAAGCAUCAAGGCAAGUUUAUGAAAACCUGAGCUAGAUGUAGGGAUGGGGAUUUUCGGUCUCAUAGGCCUUUGGUCUCCCAGACUUCUAGAGAGCUGGAUAUGAAACAUGUUUUCACAAAAUUGAGAUGUUGUCAAUUUGAAUUUGACUCUGCAAACAAUGUUAGGGUUGCAUCGUUGUAUUAUGAGCGUGCCUUUUAAACUUAAAACUGGGUAUCAGUACUGGCAACUUGGUUGAUAUUUUUGAAGAAGGGAAGUUGAUUACCAAAUCUAAAUGAAAAUGAUUAAAGUUUUGUCUCAUAUUCUUGUCAUUCAACAUAUGAUAAAUGUCUUCUUACAUUGUGAUAUUUGAAUGUUUAUUUCUCAUUUACAAAGUUAUUAAACUCUCAUAACUGAGCAUUAGAGUUUUUCCAUAAAGAAUGGGGUUUGCAUCCACAUAUAUACGGUUGGAGUGGAAAGAUAUUCCUCUCCCCCC